AUGGCCUCUGGGAUGCAUUCAACUACUCCCCUCUUCCCGGACUUACCACCCGAACUCCGCAACGAAAUCUACGCCUACCUCUGCUCCCCGUUCACCUCCAACCCAACGCCCCAAAACACCCACCUCCCUCUUGGCCUAAAAGUAUUCACCUGCAAACAUACCACCAUCCAACUUAUCCCAACGCACUACGGCUCAACUUCGCUCCUCUCCCUCCCCAAGGACACUUUUCCAGAAGCGGCCGAAUACUCCUCCCACCUCCUCAGCAACGCAAUCCAGCUUCAGAUUGGGGUACAUUUCCACGGCCGAGUAAACACCUUCAUCCAAGCCGACUGGAACAAGAAGCUCACCACCCAUCUUCACAAACUCGCCAAAUCCUUCCCCUGGCUGAGAAAAGUGGCGCGGUACGACAUACAAAUCCUAUGGGAGCCAACAGAUGGGAUACUCCAAAGUAAAAAUGGAAAGAGAGUGGCGGGCCGGAUACCUCUUGAUAUGGUGGUAUGUCUAACGCAGCUUAUGGACCAAGAAGUGAAGAGGAAGAAGGGAGAUGUGAAGGUGGGGUUGUGUUUGGAACAUCGGUUUGCAGUCCAAAAUGCGCUUUCUGAGAGGAAGUUUGGAUUGAAUGCAUUUCUCUUCAGGGACGGUGGUGGCAACGAGGAUCUUGGGUUCAAGAGGUUGGUGAGGGAGGUAAGGAAGACGGCGCAUGAGUAUCAUCUGCCAAGGCAUCCUCAUCCAAGGUUUCUUGUUGUUCCUUCUUCUGUGGUGCCAGAGGAGAAGGGUUUGAUCAAAGUGCAAGAUGGGGUGGUUAGUUGGUCGGAUUGGACACGGGGGCCGCUGAUUAUGGCGAGGAUGCUGGAGACGGAGACGGAGACGGAACAGAGGAGUGUGCUAAAUCGGGGUAAGGAGGAACAGGUGGAGUUCCCAAUGUGUCAUCUCAUGGCGGAAUGUGUGAUGAGGUAG